AUGCCGACUGAGGGCAGAGCAAGCUCUGAUGAGGCACCGAUGGAUGACGCAGCAAACCCUGAGACUGCCGUGACCGAUGACACAACCAACACUGAAACCACAACAAGUGACCUCAUGGCAGAGGGUGACGCCACGAGUGAGGGCAUCGGAAACGCUGCCACCACGCCAGUUGAGAGUGUGACUGAUGCUCCCAGUGUGCACUUUUUGGAGGGGAAAGGUGUCUCCAGUUGGAAGCCAGUGCCGGUCAUCGUUUGGUACAUCCACCAUGACCUCACCUCCCACGUGUCUCUGCACACUAACAUCUGCAGGCUUGCUGAGGCACACCCAUGCGAUGUGGUGAUGACUCUCCUGCGCUGUGCCCCAGAGUGUGACAGAGCUGCUGCAAUGAUGUGGAGAAGCAUCGGCUCCUCGGGAACAGCAGUGGAGAAGGUGCUGCCAACACUGCUCCGAGUGAUGGAGGACUGGCCAGUGCAUGGAAUGUCCACCUCGGAUGGCGACAACAGAGACGUGUUUGCCCUGGCUGCAACCCUGGCACUGUGGCUGAUCAUCCAGGAGACCACGUGCCAGGAUGCAGUCAUGAAUUACGUCCCCCACCUGCUCAUGGCUCUGCUGUUCCAAGUGUCCAUGAGCACAGAGCAGGUGCCAGAAGAGGUGAACACCUUCUGGAGGGGAUGCCUGGAGCAACAUCGCCUUCCCACCCAGCCCAGCAGGUUUUUGGUAGAGACCAUCAAGGCCCUGCUCUGCCACCUGCCAUGGGAGGAUAUUUGGAUGGCAAGGAAGCGCAGGCUUGCCUGGGACCCACUCCUAAAUUCUGACACCCAUCACUAUGCAGUGGGUCUGCAUGUCAGGGAGAUGCGCCGCCAACUGACCCUCUCCCAUUCUCCACUGGCAAUCCACCUGCUGGGGCUGCUCAGCUCUGAGGACCCCCGUUGGGAGCUGCCUGCCCUGGAGUUCCUGGUGGAGCUCCUGGACUUUCUGGACGGAAGGAGAUGUCACAGCAGUGUUGAGCAGAUCCUGUCAAGGCACCUGCAGAGUGAGUGCCCAGAGAGACGUCGCCUGGCUCUCCAAGGCCGCAUGGUGCUCUGGACGGAUCUGUCAAUGGCCCAAAGCAUCUGCAGCCUGUCUCAACACCUCCUGGAGCUGCUGCCUGAUGCAGACGGAGAGCUGGUCGUGAUGACCCUCUCUGUGUUUGUGACUGUGCUCUGGGACAAAGACAUUCAGGCAUUCAUCUCCACUGCCCCCAAGCUGGCUGAGGCGCUCCGGCCACUCUUAGACAACGCUUGUGCCUGUGCCUGGUUGGCCUGGAGCAUCCAGUGCUGA